AUGGUAACCUUCUCCAGCUCGAUUGGGUUGGGUCUGGUUGGCCUGGUUGAGCCGAACCGGUCGACCCAGCACUUUGCCGACCUCGCGACCCUCGACCGUCGCCCUUGCUGUCUCCGCCCACCGCCCACACCUCGCCCGUCGCUCUCGCCGCCCCCCCGCCCGUCGCCCUCGCUUCCUCCGCCCGUCCCAUCGCUUACCCCGCCCGUCCCAUCGCUUACCCCGCCCGUCGCCUUCGCUUACCCCGCCCGUUGCCUUCGCUUCCCCCGCCCGUUGCCUUCGCUUCCCCCGCCCGUUGCCUUCGCUUCCCCCGCCCGUCGCCUUCGCUUCCUCCGCCCGUCGCCCUCGCUUCCCCUCCCCAUCGCUCGCCCCGUCAACCUCUGCUCUCCCACCUGUCGCUGCGUCGACGUCGUUCUCAUUCCCGCCGCCGACUCUUCGUCGAGUCUCCAUCUUAUUCGCCCUCUCUUCCUUUCCCCGUCGCCCAUGCCUACUCCCCUCUCUCGCGCCGACGCCCUGGUUUUCCACCCCGCUGCCUUCUCUCCGCUUCCCAUUCGUUCACCUAUUGUCCCUUCAAUAGCUGCUGCUUUGAUUUUGCGGAGGCCACUUUCCCCCUUCUCACUCUCCAUUUUCAGUCGCAUCAUCUCCCAAUCCGCCCACGUCGCAACGACCAUUCUAAUUCAUGCCCGCAUCCUUCCCGCCUGCCCUCUUCUCCCUGUUCCUCUAUCUUCGUACCUCUUCCUCUUCUUCUUACUGCCUCGUCAAGCCCGACUGUCCUCCUCUCUCCCCCCUGUCCUCCUCUCCCCCCUCUGUCCUCCUCUCUCCCCCCUAUCCUCCUCUCUCCCCCUCUGUCCUCCUCUCCCCCCCCUGUCCUCCUCUCUCCCUCCUGACCUCCUAUCCCCCCCCUGUUUCUAA